GACACACACACACUCACACACACACGCCCUCUCUCCUCGCUCUCUGCCGCUCCGUCUCUCUCACUCUCACUCUCCUCUAUGCUGCUAUUCUGGGAAGUGGCGCUUGGAAUAACCCCCGUGUGCGUAUGAGUGUGUGUGUGCGUGUGUAUGUGUCUCCUGAUUUCACCCUGACACACGCACACAUACACACUCACAACACAGUCAGACGCACACAUUUACUGUCUGUCUGACUGCAGGAGUGGAGCUCUGGCAGCAGAAAUCCGCUCGCAGAGGAUUCCUUCCAAUUUUACGCGCAACUUUUCCUCGUCGGCUUCUUCUCUGCGGCGUUUCCAGCGCUCCCCCCUCGAUUGUUGUGGAUUUCUAACAACCACCCCCUGGCUGUUUGUAGCGGAGCGACGAGCGAAGCUCGCCCGGAAUCGGAUCUGCUGUCACCGGGCUGCUUGUUGUCAUUUUCGCACGGAGACGCGCAGCCGGAGCGCAGACAGAAGGGGCAAUUUGUGGACUUGAUAAACUGGACCAGAAAGCAAACGGUUGCACCAGGCUGACCUCAGGCUGUUAAAGGUUUCCAGUUGAGCUUGUGGCGGGCAGAAAUGUCAGAGCUGUGGAUUCCAGCGGCGGGCAGAGAGGCUGCUACAGUAUGUGGCGGGAGACUGCGAUGCUGUAAGUGUUUCUGUCUGUGUGUGUGUGGUGAUGCUUUUCUUAGGCGGUGUGAGUAUGCGAUGAAAGGAAGGCUGCUUGAUGAUCUGAGCUGAAGAAUUCUAGAGAAACUGAAGGUUUCCCACCUGCCCUGUUGACUUUGGGCAUAUCAACACAUAUCAACAAGUUAUUUUUGGUCUAAUGACUCCACGGUUCCUGUUCUUGCCCGAUAGUCAAAAACAACCAAGUGUUUACGUGUAGUUUGUCCACUUUGAGUGAGUCUCAAGGUUUGUCCUGACCUGCACUUGAGGGAAAGUGGAAACGUACAAAAUAACCCCCUCUGAUGACAUGUGGUCACAAUGAAAGAAUAGACUUUGUUUGGAGAGAGUUUUGUUUAGAGAAGCAGGUUGGGUCUAGAGCAGUAGGUUGGGGAAUUACUGGAAAGCAGUCAGGUGCACGUAUAAGAAACAAUAUUGAAAGAUUGUUGGAAAACAGUUAAUUUGUUCUGUAUCUUUAAAUCUUCAACUUUAUGUAGAAUUUGUCUUUUCUCGCCUGUUAUCUCCACUGCGAUCAUUUUUCGUCUCUACAUCUUCCCUCUGCUCCUUUCUUCCUGUUUCUCAGAUGCUGCUCAGGGCCAGAAGAGUUAUAUUUAGCUCUGCUCUCCUCCUCCUCCUCCUCCUUUCUGCCCUCCGUUUCUGUGUUUUGCCCCUGCAAAGAUGGCUUCAUUAGCCAUAGACCUCAGCGUGAAAACACACACACACAGACACACACACAUGCUGGGGUAGAGAAGGGGAUAGAGCCUGUUACAUAAGAGGCUCUCUUAUAUAAUUUGAUGCAUAUUUGAUGCUGAAUGGUGCAAUGGCAAUGCAGAAAGCUGUGAGCGUGUGUCUUUGUGUGUCUGUGUGAGUGGGUGUGUACAUAAGGUAAGCCAGAUUUGUGCAAUGUGGCCUGCCCUUGCCCUCCCUGAGUUGUUACGUCACAGGGAAAGCUAAAGGUGAACGGGCAGUCACAACUAAAAGAGUGUGUGUGUCAGUCUGUGUGUGUGUGAAUCUCCAAAGUAUAUUACAGCUCAGUAUGAAAGGACUGUUUUGAUACUGAGCUGCUUAUAUGUUUUUUUUUUUUUUUUUUAUCAGUGUCAUCUUACCAGAGUAGAGUUUGAAAGCUGGUCCUGUGACUCCUGUACUUCUCUCUCUUCUCCAUUUCCUCCUCUGCCAUUGAUCUAAGUAGACUAAGAGGAUCAAUGAAGGUUAAUGGCUUUCUACCUGGGUUCACCUCAUCGAUGCACUUCAUCAGGAAUGCCCCUGCUGGCUGCACACUCAGGAUACAGAAAAUAACGGAGGGAAGGACUGCAGACAUUUCAUUAGAUGUCGCUGUCAAACAAGGUCAGCUUUUUUUGCUGACUUGUACUGCUUCAGGUGCUUUACUACCAAAGAUUUGUCUUGAACGGUUGCUCAAGAUUAUUGUUCAGAUUAUCCUCAUGAAAGGGAAACUUGAGAACUACAACUUGACUGACUCAUGAGGGACAGAUCAAGAAAGGAACUGCCAUAAUUUAAUCUAGAAGGGUCUGAGAUAUCUGGCCUUUUAUUUUGUCCUGAAAUGUCCUACAUUUCCCAUAAUGCAGUUCAGAACUGAGGUUUACUGUCUGUGACAAUUAAACGGAAUCUGAUGUUAAAACUGCCCCUUUCACCACAUUUUUAUUUGUUUCCUCAAAAGCAUGAACUCGCUUGCCUCAUGCUGCCUUCAAGUCUUGUGGGAAUUUUAAUGCUUUGGAGCAGAGUUUACACGAGCAAGCUAAAAAAGGCUACAAAAUAAACAGAAUGCAAAAGAAAGAAAGUCACUAAUAAUUGUUGAUUCGGUGGAUGGGUGUAAGUUCACUUUCAGGGCUUUUGAUUUCCUGUUUUUGCCUGUAAUAUUCAUGUAGAGCUCUGCUUUUUUUCUGUGACUGCAGCAUUGUAAUAACUGUCAGGUUGACAAAUGCAUGAAAGUAUGACUGCUUUUCCUCUACAUUGCAUCAGCGUAAAACCAAUGUUGUAGGUUUAUUUUUCUUGGAAGUAGUGAACGCGUGUGGUUGACAUGUACAGAGUUAAGAAAUGGCGUUAAACAGGAAAUGUGGUGCAGACUGAUUUAUUAAGAAAGAGCAAUGUUUUCCCAUUAAGAUCCCAGCACUGCUGCUAACAUACCACAGAUCAGGCCACUUAGCUAUUUCAUUUGACUCUAUUUUCAGUUCUGUAAAGAUCAGCAGCAGCAGCCAGUCAAGCUUUACACUCUAAGGUCAAAAGCCUGCCCCGCUAGAGCUCCCAGUUGAGCAAAGCUGUGGUUAUACUGGCAGCUCCCAGGUGGGAAUGUGUGGCAUUCCCUCUUAUAGGAAAAACAACAAAAUAAAAACAUUCCACGCCACCUUAAUUAAGCUUUCCUGACAUGCUUUAAGUUUUCUGGGUUGCCAGAAUCUGUACUUUGGUGGUAAACAACUUGUCUUAAAUUUGUAUUUGUCGGGAAGUAGCCGGUGACUCGUCAGCUGGCUAUGCUGCACAUUUAUUUGUUUGUUUCCAUUCUUUCACUUCUGGGAGGAAGUAAGUCAUAGUGAGUCUGGCAAACAGAAGCAGCUAAAAUGGAAAAACAAACUCGUUCAUAACAUCUAAUCUCUACACAAAGAAAAUCUAUCAAAUUCUGAGACAACCAGGUGCCACAUAGCUCACUUGGUGUAGCGCAGGACCUGUAGGCUGAACCCUUUCCUGUAUGUCAUCCUCCCACUCUCUCUCCCCCCACCUUCCUUUCUUCUCUAUAAUUGUUGCUAUUUAAAAAAGGCAAAAGCCAAAAAUAAAUUCAGAAAAAACUGAGACAGAAAUGUUGUGUUGGGAGAAUCGACAUACAUGACGGAAAAGGUACAAAGGAAGUCACAAAGGCAGAAAAGAAAAUUGCUGUGUUGUUGUGCGCACAUUUGAAAGUGUAAAAGGUAGAAAAAAAAGGAGUAAUAGUAAAGUGAAAAUGACGCGAGACGUAUUGUUUUAGCUACGAAUUUAACAACAAUAUGAAAGUUAACCUUUGAUGCCCUUGUUCUCCCAGGUUUUGGCAAUCGGGGAUACUGAAGUACAUGAGAAACUAUUUACUUUUUUAUUGUCAUUUUCAAGGGACUGGGAUUACUCAUCAAUAAUUCAAUUGCAUUAAUUUGAGUUUAAUUCUUUUUUUUUUUUAAUAUAUAGCACCAAAAAGCAACAACAGUCACCUGUGGGUGCUCUAUAUUGUACGGUAAGGACCCACUUUUGAGGAGUGAGAUUCAAAGGAUGUUCAGUUUUUGUUUGAUAAAGUUUCAUGGUGACUAGCUUGUUCUUUAAAUGAUUAAUACUAAGCAAAAGUCCUACACAUUGCCACUCUUCCAGUGGAACACACUAAUACCAACUGCCCAUGUAAAUGUGUGUUGGUGUGCAUCCUGGCAUUCAGAUAUCAUCCGGCAGCCAGCUAGUCGUGCUACCUGACCUAAUUUCCUGCCAGUAACAGGAAGUCUGCCCUUCUGCUGACAUUGGUGUAACACAGGAAUCCUUCCCCUCUGUGCAGUCGCUGCCAGAUAAUGAGGUUGCGUAACAAUUAAACUCUUCACAGUGUUGUUAAUAUCGAUUAGCACGCUCCGUCUGACGUACAACAGACACACACAGGGGCGCUCAGUUGCCAGUCCAUCAGCUGGCAGAUCAAUCAGAGGCUAAUGAGAUAAACGAGCUCACUAAUUAGUUAACGAACCACUGGCUCACUGAGUGACACAAGCACACACAGAGUCAGCCUGGCAGCUUCUCCUCUUGUCAGCACAGGGGAAGAGAAGGUAAGAGUCUCUUAACAAACUACUUCUCAGUAGAUUUGAAUCUGUAGAAGUGUAAAAAAUUUAAAUACCCUCAAAGCUGAAAGUGCCAUAACUUUCAUGUUUUAGAAGAUAUCAAACUGAAUCGUCUCCACUUAACUUAUAAUACACACAUAAGACUUUUCAAUACUUGUUUUUAAUGGAAGUUUUUUUUAGUCCACUGUUACGUGUCUUUAUCACAGUGACCACAACACAAUUCUUUAUACUGCAGACACAUUAAAAACAUAAUAUUAAUUGUUCAAUCAUAGUAAAAAGAAAGCACACCCUCUUUAAAAUCAAAGGUUUUACAUAUCAGGACAUAAUAAAGAUAAUCUGGUCCUUAGCAGAUCUGUCAAAUAUAACCUUAAAUGAAUUAAAGCACAUAUACUGUUUCAUUAUUUAACAACAAUUGAUCCAAAAUGCAGCCAAAUUGGGUCAUUUAAGUCUGAAAAGCACUUCCUAUGCCAGUAACUGAGCUGGAAAUUUACCUUAUUCAAGCUUAAUGCUUUCAUGGUAGCAUUACCUUUGGUUGUUUUUGAUUACUAUGCUUUUUUUUUUUUUGGGUUUUGUGAUGCAGGAAGUCAGGAAGGUGGUGUGGCUCUAAAUAAACAAGCUGAACAUGUCACUUCUUUAGCUUGGACUGUUGCUGAUAAGUGUGUCCCACCUCACAGGAUCUUAUUACAAAAUGUUCCCCCCACAUUUCCAUGACAACUCACAGGUACACAAUGAAACUCAUGGGUAAACACACACAGAUGAAACCCAUCUGGAAAAGGACAAGAGCUGUUUUAUAAUUGCUAUAAAAGGCAUUGGGGAAUUGGCACGAUGCAGAAAAAGACUUUACUCAAAUUGGACUGAAAUUAACUAAGAAUUGGGGAACUCAUUUUAAAAUUCAUCUUGUCUUGGAAAGACUCCUUAUUUAAAACCUUGAUUACAUUCCUCUUAAGACCCCACAUCCGAGGGCACAUGCGGUCUGAUUUUUUUUUGUCUUUACAUGUGAAAGUGACCUGCGUAUUGAAGCCUGUCAGUUAUUCUGACUCAGUCAGCUGUGAUGGACAGCUCUGCCCUCCUGGUCCUGUCAUGCUGCUAUUUAUCAGACUUUUUAUGUGACUGUGCAUGUGUGUGCUUUGGCAUGGUUUACUUGUGUAACACUAAACUGGAUACCCCUGAUGUCUCAAAGAGGCUUCUGUGAAACAAGCACAUAUCUGGAGCGUCCACGGGGACAGCCCGAAUAAUUUUAGCAUCGUGGGGCAAGCCUGGGCCGGAUGAUGCAGAGAGACAAAUAGCUGAACAGACAGAAAUACAAACAGACAGACAGAUGGCUGUCACUAAGGUUCAGCCAAAAUUGUGCAGAAUAUUCUGGAUGCAUUUUAAAAAGAGGGGUCAGAUGUUAGCCUCCUUUGACUGGUUGAAAGCUAGGUUGUCUGUGUGUUAGGGGAUUCAUACCAGUAGCAUUUAGGCUAACUCGGGGUCAUUUGUGAGAAACCAUAUUUGCAAUUCAGGAAGCUAUUCUGCAAGUGGGAAAACUCUGGCUCAUUGAACUAAAGUUCCCAGACUUUCCCACGCUAAACCAUCCUGAAAAGGUGAUGUAAAAUCUUAAAUCAUAUUGUAGAUUUUUUUUUGUGUAAUUACAAUUGACAUUAUCAAAAUAUGUCAAAAAUACACAAAGGUUACUAGCAGGAACUGGCCCGGGGGAAACUUAAACCCAGGCCAUCGCAGUAGCCUUUCAGCAUAUCAGUGAUCCCUUCAUAUACUAUGCUAUACUGCACACUAUACUGGCACCUUCACACAUAAUUCUGGGCAGACUUUAUCCAAUCCUGGAUUAUUACAAUUACCAGAUUUAUGGUCCAGAUUUACAUGUCAUUAUCAUUACAAUUUGGGGACCUUUUAGUGAGUUGGAGCAAUGGCUAUUUUUUUUGUAGCCAGAGCAAGAUUUUCUGUUCAAUCUGAAGAUAAAUCUCUAUCACAUGAUGGCUGCUGGUUUCCAAAUUGCAUUUCUGUGAAUGCUGUCCCUCCUUUGCUCACCACUGGGACCAGUUUUCCUUAUUAAAAAUCGUAUUGCUUACCUCUCUAUUCUACAUAGUAACGCAGAUAACUGAGCGAUUACUCUCACAAUAAUGAAUACAAUUAGACAUGUUUUCAAGAACCUGAAUUGUUACCUAAAGAAUAACUGUAUAAACCAGGUACAGCUCCCAUGAGACUCUUAAAACAUAGCAGUGGUGAGGGCUUGUUGGAAAUUAUGUUAAAUGCCAGCAGAACUGUUAAGAAUUUCAGCUAUCACGUUUAUUUUUAGAUGGGAACAGGAAACCAUGUUCUUUCUAAGAAGAUGGGCAUUUUUUUUAGAGCUACAGAAACUAAUGGACGAGCUAAAGAAAGGUCUGGUCUUUUAUCUGAAAAUCAAGUAGUUUUACCAAAUUUACUAUUCUCCAACAACCGGUUGUUGACUGCAUUGUAAGGACAAAUUUGCUUGCGUAGUGAUGAAGUCUUCCUUUUCAUCUUUAUAUCUGUCAUACUGUUUCCAUCAAGGCACUGCGUCACAGGUGUGACCUCUGAAAUGCGGGUAUGUGGGGUGAUUUGAGUUUUGUGUUGAUUUUCUGUAAUUAAAGUCAGGGAUAACCUUUGUGUUUUGAGGUUUGGCUUUAAUGAACAGAAGUUUGGGGUAAACACUGUGUUUUUUUGGAAUCGGGCUGGAUCUGCUGUGUUUUUCACCAAGGGAGGUUUAUGGUAACCUUUAAGAGCUGACGUCAGUCGCUUUUGUCCGCUGUACCUGUGCAGCCGGCCACUGCUGUGUGUGUGUGUGUUUGAGACGCAGGCAACAGUCUCUUUAAUGAGGGUGAACUCGAAGGGUUGUGCUUAGUCUUCAUUUGCCCUGCUGGGAAGGUUGCUGGCAAUGGGUACUUGUGUGUGUGCGUGUGCGUGUGUGUGUGUGUGUUAUGCUUGGGAAGCCCCCUAUACACACUGCAAGACUUCUAAUAAUGAAUACCACCUUUUCGAGUAAGUCGAACCCCGUGUGUGUGUGUGUGUGAGUGUGCGCACAUUGUGUCACCCCCACGGGGCGACAGGUGCCACAGGCAACAUGAAACUCUGCAGACCGACAUGGUGAGAGAGAGAAAGAGAGACAGUGUGAAGUGAUGGAAGAAAUGGGACUAAAGAGAUGAGAGAAGUACUGAAGGGAGACGGAAAGGUUAGACAAAGGGAGUCAGAGCCAAAAGUAUGUGGACACACACAAAUGUUAAUCCUAUAUCAAGUUAAAUCACAACGGGAAUUAACCUAAAGUGCUUUCCAGUCAAGAAAAUAGACUGUAUAUGACAGAUGGACAUAGGAACUGUGACGUCACCUUUUAAUCCUGGCUGCAGGAAUUUUGAUGUUAUGGCAGGGCAGGAGAAAAAACAUCCAACCAACCAAAUCAAGUAGUCUAAAAUACCUCUGUAUGCCGUGGCAUUGAGGUUUACUAAACUAAGAGACUUGAUCCAAGCUUGAAAGGGGUGUCCACGUACUUUUGGCAGUGUAUUAGAGAAGGGAUUGACAAAUUGACCAAGAGAGAUGGAUGGAAAGAUAGUGAGAGGAAGGGAUGGAAAGACAGGGAAGCAGAGAUAGACAAAUAGACAUAGAGAUAGUUUUCACUGCUGGAAUCAGGGACAGCUGGCGUGUGUGUGUGUGUGUGUGUGUGUGUGUGUGUGUGUGUGUGUGUGUGUGUGUGUGUGUGUGUGUGUGUGUUGGCAUGGCUGAGUUGCAUAACACUCUACUGGGUCCCCCAUGGCUUAGAGGCUAAAGUGGUGCCUCUCUCGCUCCCUCUUCCUCUGUGUUGAGCUAAGAGAGGUUUUAUCUGUGUGGCAUUUUUAUAAAAGAAAAUAUUAUUAACAAAAUCAAAGUGAAAAACAAUAUUGAUAAUUUCUCAGAUAUGGAAAAUCUUUGUGGAAAGAACAUGUCAAAUGCAACAUUUAAGAAUCCAAAUUAAAGGUAGAAAGUAUGGAGAAGACGCUCGCUCAUGCGGGUCUUCCAAGUGUCGGGAAGGGAAGCACCCUGUUGUUGUGACCAUGCCAUAUUUCCCAUGGUGCUUUGCUGUGGGGAAGCUCUGCUGUGGAAAGAACAGCCCUGCAUUUUCUCUGCUCUACUUCCUAAGAUGCUGGCUGCUCUUUGUUGUCUAUACACGUAUGUAUGUGUGUGUGUGUACUCCGCAUGUGGGCACUUGCAGGCAGUCUUAAUUGUUUGCAUGCCGGUAUUUGUGUGUGUGGGCGUCUGUGCACAUUAAUGUGUGUUAAAUGCUGCUUCAGGAUAUCUUUCGUUUUGGUCGAUGUUUAAAGCUGUGGAAAGUGGAGAAGGAGGUGAGGGCGUGCGUACAGUAGACAGCUGAUGGUGUGGUAAAUGAUCCAAGUGAGUAAUUUGCGCUGCGUACACAUAUUAUGAGCUGUUUGCACUGCAGCCCUGACCUUUUUAGACAUUACCCAAAAGACACCUUUAAUUCUUCCAAAAGCCAGAAGGCACAAACACACACAAUGUCCAGUACAAAAUUACAGAAACGAUGCAGCAGUAAUCUCUGUAACUGUUAAGAUCCAAAUCUACCAACCCUGGGUUCUCUCCUUGCUUCCACAAUCCAAAGCCAAGUGUGUUACAUUGGUCAUAAGUGUGAAUGUGAGUGAUUGGUUGUUCAUCUCUAUGAACCUAUUUGUCUCUCUAGCCCUGUGACAAAUAGGUGGCCUGUCCAGGGUUUAUCCCACCUCUCAGUUCACCCAGUAAAUUGAAUUGGAUAAGCAGAGGAUGAUGGAUGGAUGGAGUAAUCCACGUACGAGCCACAAAGUUGGAAAAAAACAUCAGAAGCUACAAUGCCAGCUACAAGUCACUUAAUGCAUCAUUGGUCUGCUCACAUUCCAUUUGUAGUGCGUCAUGCCCGUCAUUCAUCGACAAGCUGCUUCACUGAAAAAGACGUGUAGCCAUUGAUUCUUCAUUGGAAGUGUGAAAACGGCAUGAAACAGCAGUAAUCUAUACGAGCGAGAGAGCGCCCUGAGCGCAACUUUAUUGGAAUAUUGGAAUUCAUAAAUGUGAGCUAGCAAAUACAUUAUAUUUGUAGUGAAACUGUUAAAGUAGUCUGCAUAAUAGUAGUUGUAGUAGUACGGCCCUGUUUUCGGGCCUGCUCACCUUGUUGUGUUCAAACAUGGAACGAUGGGCAGAGAAAGCAGCAGCGUGCCCCCCACACAUUCCAGAGGAGGCAUCAGGGACAACGGGCAUGACAGGGACUUAGUCAGACACGGAGGAAAUGAAAAGCAGUAAGAGGAGGUGGGUUGAAAAGUGGCUUGCAGGGGCACAACAACUGAAGGCAGUACUCUGUGUGAGCCAAUCAGAUACAUAGAAGGGCAUGAGCUAAGCUAGCAGCGCAUGAGGGUUGACACUGAGAUGAACUAAUCUGGCAGGAUUGUGGCUUAGCUUGACCUCGUGGCCUGUCUGCACUCAUGCUUUGCUCUAUUUUUCAUUGUGGUGUCUUUGACAGUUACCAUACAGCUUCCGGUUUUCCUGCACCUGAAAAACCAACACGAAUUUGCGAAAAGACAAACAAAGACACAAAUAUGUGAUUGAAUGUAAAAUAUAUGCGUUAAUAGCGUAUGGAUUCAACAUAUGUUUGUAAAUGUGGUCUAAGAUAGCAUUAUAAAUCAAAGAAAGUAAUAACUUGUUUGGAAAUGGUGACUAUUGUGGACAGACGAAGCGCAACAUACACAAAUAAUUCCACUUCAGAGCUGAGCUCUCUUUGGCUAAAUCCACCCACAACUGGCUGUGGGAUAUCACUUGUUUGAACAACUGUUGCUGGGUUGACAACUCCCAGUUUUAGAGUUUUUGGCUGGAUCCACAUCAUGCCUCGUCACUCAUGGGAAGAAAAGGAAGUAAAGCCCUGGGAUCCUGUUGGCAACAGUCAGCCUGAAACAGGCUUAAGACCGACGGAUGGAGCCGAGAGGAAGAAACCCAUGAUAGAGAAUAAUUCCAAGGGAGCAAGUGAGAGAUUGGAACAGAAGACAUUUCAAGGGUUUAUCUUGAUUAACUGACCAAAGAAAACACACAGAGGAAGACACAAAGCAAAAGACAAAUGCUACAAUAAAACAGACAAAUUAAAUACUUUUUGGGAAACUGAAUGCAAACCAAGACUGAGACAGAGCCUUGCUGGCAAUGAGCCUGAGACGCUCCCGGCCAUAUUUAAUCAUCAAAUAUUAAUGCAGUAAAGAUGGAAUACAGGAAAUUAAUAUUCCCCAUUAACAAAGAAGAAGAGUGAGCAGCGGCUUGUAAUGGCCAUGAAAGACAAACGGCCUCCGUCCAGAGGUUUACGUUCUGUUCUUACUUUCCCUGAUUAUGGGAUCCAAAUCAGGUCACGGUCUACAUCCUAUAUGAUAAUCUGAACACUCAUCUGUUCCACCUCACAUUUAUCAUGCUCACUUCCCCUUCACUCUUUAUUUUAUGCUGUUUAAAUGAAUCAUCUAUUACUUCCUCAAAGUGUUUUUUCCCUUGCUGCUAAGUGCACAUUGUAGCCGUGUUUCCAUAACAAACUUCCCAAGAUCCACCUGCCGGUCAAACGUGGACUGGACGGUCUUAAAUUUAAGUUUGCGUACGUACUGGUCUUACUGGUAUCUAACUGUCUUACUGACCCAGUUUCUCUUCCUUAGUUCACUCUAAAAAACACUGUAAAUAAGACACAUCACUUCCUGUUGCACAUGAAAGUCGACUCCUUUCAACAGUUCAAAUGAUAAUGACGCUGAUUUCAGUGACAGUUCAAGAUGAUGGACGGCUUAGGCAGUAAAGUCAAACGUAUCCAAUGGGUAGAAAAUGGUCCACUUCAGCUGCCGGCUACUGAAAGUUAGAAAAAGGAACGGGCGUACUGUAUUGUCACCGGGCAAGUUUUUGUUGUUUCAUGUGUUUCAUUUUAACCGGACUGUCUAGUUUUCAGUAUCAGCCGUUUUUAACGUGUUUCCAUACCUCUGAAUCACCAUUCACAUCUUUGAUGAGAGAAAAAGGUGUGGCAGUGUCGCUUUGAUGACUGCUUCUACCUACUGAGUAAACAGAAUAUAAAUCAGUGCUUUUUGGGUGACGUCAAGAAUGAGUAACUGGUUCCCAUGCCAGAGCAUGGAGUACAAGCAUUCUGAAGCAGAGUCACAGAGAUAUAUGUUGGUGUCUUGAUGCAGGAAAACUAAGUGCCCAGAGGUAGUCCUGUCAUAAAUCCUGAGUUUCUUUCAUGACUCAUGUGGGAGAUUUGUAUUUUACACUUUUUUUACUUGCUAAUUUGUUAUCUUUUAAUGCCAUUUUGACACAAAGACGUGGGAGAAUUGAACUACUGACUUUCCAGUACUCUACCUCUUAAGCCACAGCCACCUCACUAAUAUAGAGGCAUAAAUCAACUAGCUCUCCAGAAGACAGAUUUCAGCUGGUGAUGGUAAUCCCUAUUAGAUCCAUCCAUCCAUUCAUUUUCUUAACAUCUUAACUAAGACUUGUAGGAGAUCUAUGUCAGCUCAGCCUAGCUGUCACUAGUCGAAAGGCGGAGUACAUUCUGGACUGGUCACCAGUCCCUAACAGGGCUAACACAGGGAGACAGACCACCAAACACUCUAGCAUCCACACCUACAGCCAACUUGGAAUCACCUAACAAACAUGUCUUUGGACUGGGAGGAAACCAAAGCACCCAGAGGAAACCCACACAGGUACAGGAGCGCAGGGAAAGCAGCCAAACUCCACAAAGAAAGACCCAGCUGAGCAGAAAGUUUGAAUUGGUGAGUUUCUUGCUGUGAGGCAGAAGGGCAAACUGUUGCACCACAGUGCUGCCCACCUGACCACCCUACCUCUAGGAAAACACAGUAAGGACCAGACCUAGCUGGUUAGCAGAAUAAAAUAAGACUGAGGGGAUUGUCCGGUAGUAAAUGAUCCGAGUUACUGUCUGGAAAAAAUAAAAACAAAUGGCCACAUAUGCUUGGGUGGCUUGUGUUUUGCAUCCUUUAACGACAGUAACCCUGCAUACUGAAAAUGAAACAUUGUGCAUGUGAUUUUAAUGAUAAUAGUUUAAUGUUGGCACAUGAAAAUGAAAAAUGUGCCCAAAUCUGAUGUUAUCACUAAUUUGACUGUUGAAUCUAAUUUAAAACGAUUCACCUCUCCACUUUAAUUCUUUUUGUUUUAACUUGUUACGGGGCUGCUCCAAAUAUACUUCAGGACAAACACGGACAACUUAGACAGCACUUCUGCGGUGUGGCUCUUGGGGGAUUAUAUACUGGAAUAAUGCAUGAAUGUUCCAAACUCCCACAGUGCGAACAUGAUGUGGCAUGACAAUGCUGGAAAAUGAGGGGUGUCAAAGCCUGCUGGGAACUGUAGUUGUUGAAUGCAAAAGGUGUUUUUUGAUGAAUGACAUGUUCAAGUGAUGCGCUUUGAGCUGUGUAUCCACCCCGCUCUGACAGUUGAUGCUUCUUUUUUGUUUUCCUACUCUUCCCCUGCCUUUCUGCUCCUUUUCUCUUGCUCUAUCUUCUUGGCGAGUGAUCCUAACAAGGCGGAUUAUACAUUUUCAGACUGAGAGCAAUCCAGAUAUGAUCAAGUAUUUAUGUAAGCUGCACUCUCACUGCUCAAAUACAUACAGAGCUCUCUCGACUCAACAGCUGUUUCAUAACCAGCAGUCGCUACUCACUGUGUGUGUGUCUCUGUGUGUUACUGUAUGCAUGUGUGUGCAUGUUAACAAGUCUGUGUGGUGUGAUAGCUGAUAGUCAACAAUAAAGCACUGAAUUAUAAAUGUGCAGUUAAUGCUUAGGAGAGAACAGACAUCUAUCUGGCCUCGUUAGAGGAAGUGUGUGUGUAUGUGUGCGUGGCCAUAUUUUUGCGCUUUCUGUUCCUUAAAUAUAAAAAAAAAACACUAAUUGUUUGCCGCUUAAUUGAAAUGUAACUGCUAAUCCAGCAGACUAUGUAACUGUAUUAAUUAAAAGAAAAACACUCAGCGACUUGUGCUGAGUUAAACCGAACAAGGACUAUUUAUAGAGAGCAGGCCAGGCUGCACAUGUGCAUAAUUCAUAAAUCUUUAUGUGUGCGUAUAUGUGUGUGUAGCAAUACAUAAUACAUAGUGUAUACAUCAGUGUUAAACCAGGUGCAGGCUGCAAAGUGCUGGGAUUUACAAAUAUACUGCACUGCGUGAGGCACAUACACACUUACAGUACACACACAAAGGCAGCAUGUACAUACAGCGAGUGGAGGCUAGCCCAUUGUGCUUGAAUAAUACCAAAUGCAUUGAAGUUUAGUAUUCCCAGUGCACACCAGCAUGGAUUGUGGUUCCAGUGAGACACACAUAUAGAGUACAGUCAGAUGUUUUCUGUUUAUUUACCCGUUUGUGCAUGUAGAUUCUUCAGUUCCUGUGUGUUUGUAUCCAGUAUUUGCAUAUGUGUUUGUGUGGGGUUUUUCAAAAUCUCUUUUCACUUGUAAUGUGUUCUUUUGCUUUUAUGUGGAUUAUUAUGCUUCCCGUCUUUAUAUUCUCACACCUCCACUUGUGCUAAUUUCUAGCUCCCUAUUUUUGUUCUUGGACUCCUCUGGAGUACCUUUUAUACUGUGUUUUUUAUGCAGGCCCUCUGUUAAUUCUUUGUCUGAAUCUUUGCCGUUUUAGCUCCUGUCUCUUUAAAGCCUCUCUCUCCUUAAAAGUCACAUUUUUUUUCUGAUUGGUUGCCCCUCACGUCUCUUCCACAAACCAAACUCAAUGCUUGUGGGCUUCCUUCUCUUGCCUUUGUGGAGGUUUCAAAAACAGCCUUUAUACACACUAAAAAGUGUAAUAAUGUAUUUUCCAUUGAAAGGAAGCAUCCAUGGCUGCUUUCUGAGUUAGACUGACUGGUUUGCGGUGUUCUGAGCUGCAACACGGGCAGCACUGGAGAUGAUCAUAUAAGGAAAUUCCCUCUAGCUGACAUCAACCAUGCUGAAAUAGAAAAAAAACAUUGUAAGCUGACUGUUUAAAGCAAAGUAGUUUAUUUUCUGACUGAAACAAGCCUCUUUUUUCUUAUCCCUUAAAGCUGUCUUUCUUCUGAUUGGCUGCCUCUCAUAAACAGAUGGUUUGAACAGCACAGAUCUCAGUGCUUAAAAUUUGUAAUAUCACCUCUUUGUGGAUUUAUUCAGAGCCAAAAGUAGGAAAACAGAGUUUGAAACUAUGCAUUAAUGCUUUACAGGGAUCACUUGUACAUUGCCCACAUUAUUUGAAACUUUGUUUAAUGUGAACAUCUAAAGUUGUAACUGUAUGUGUGUAACAGAAAAUAAGGAAAUGCUCAGUAAGGAAGCUGUAAAAGUUUGUGUGUGUCUUAUUGUGUGUUAUAUCAUGAUACAGUGUGUGAGUAAAUAUCUAAACAUCUUGGCUUUGGUGAAAAAGAAAAUGCAUGCUUCAAGGGAAUACUCAGUGGCUGUUGGUUGGAUUAAAAAACCACAGAGGUGCACAUCACUUUGGAUUCUGGUACUCUCAUAAUCCUGAGUUGGGUGGAAUAACAGUUCUUGACACUAAGUCAGGUGUGAUCGAUGAUGCUACAGAGUGCAUGAGUUACUUUUGUAAGGCAGUUAUAAUGACGGCAGUGGUAGUUUUUUCUUUCUUCUGAUCAGUUUCACAUUUUUCCGUUUAUACAUUGUGCUUACAGCGCAGUCUGCGCUGAGAUUUUGCGAAGUCUGGCUUUUUGGAAAUUAAAAUGUGGCAAUGAUGAGAAAGUGGUCAUUUGUGCCUUAUUUUGCAUCCUCAAAAUAAGUCUUCUAUAUGUAGGGACAGGAAGUUGGAUGAGCUGUUUGGUGUCAGAUUUGAUGCAUCUGGUCUUCUGCGUGCACUACAGGCAGUUGCACUUUUUGUAGUUCCUUUGCUCAGAAACGUUAUUCUACUGCUAUAAAAUUGAUUUUCCGCACUAAUGCUGUCAUUGUUAAAAGUGCAUAUGCUGGCCAUCCCUUUCAAGUCUAAAUAUAAGCGUGCAUUUAAGUUGCCUUCAUAUAUAUGUAGUAAAUACUGUGUAUUACAUAUUACAACACACUCUUCAUGUCCUUGCAAAAGUGCCAUAUGCGUUGGCCUGGCGCCUCCCCCCCCCCUGCUGGGGCCCCUCCAUCUAUUUCUGGCUCUGCGUCAUGCCUGGGCUUUACUCCUGUGGCAAGAGGAGUGUUUCUCUAGGGCUCCCACUCUGCUGUACACACACACAUAUACACACACACACACACAGAGAAAACGAGCGAGCGAGCGAGAGAGAGAGAGAGAGAGAGAGAGACUCACAUACACCUCCCAACUGAGACACGCUCACAUGCCUGCCUGGUGAACGAGUGAGCGCACUCAGAUGUAAACACACACAGUGGCAGACGGACAGAGCAGCGGAUGGAGGCAUGGAUGAAUGGGUGGCUGCUGACAAACUGGACUUCAUAUUGGGGGUUUGAACUUGUGUGUGCAUGUGAGAGAAAGUGUGUGUAUGCGUGAGAGAGAGAAGGAGACGGUCGGCCGGUUGGUCGGUGUGUCUGUUUCCGUGGCGAUGGAAGGAGGGAGAGCGAAAACAGAGGAAUGCUUUCGGUGAUAGAAAAGGAGAGCCGGCCAGGAUGGCCACAUAAGGACACUUUCUGUCGGGACUCCCAUUAAAACCAGUCUGACAGAGCGCAGACCGAAAGGUCUUUUGGUGAGAAAACUGAAGGACUGAAGGAUCUACAAGCACCCUUCCCUCAAGAAAAGUCACUUAAGGUUUCUUCUGCUCUUAGAUGAACUGGACAGAAGAACAACAGAGAGCAGCGUUCGUGUUUUUACAAAAUGGCAGAAGGAGAGAAACCUCUCUGAUGUUAUCCACUGAAGCUCCUCUUUCUGCUCCACUUGAUAAUUCCUGUUUCCAGCUUGACUCUAUAAUCAGUCUUUCUGAGAAAUGGAUGGAUAUUUUAUGUUUCUGUGAACUUGUUGGCAGCCAGCAAAGGUUCCGCUAUCAUGCCUGGUAGUUUCGGGACCUUGUAACCCUCAAAGACCUACCCUCCCAAAUUCCCUGCAUCCCCUCUUCUCUCCCUCUUCUAAACCACGGAGAGCUUCAAGAAAAUGGAGGCUCGUGAAUCACCUGCGACAGGGCAGAAAUGUCCAAACAAGGAACUAGCAAGGGAGAAGGUACCUCUACAAAGAAAAUGGGCGUCAGAGCCUUCUGCAAACACCAAACGAAGCACUUUUGCUGACCUGGAGGCUCCUGGAGGAUCAGCACCCCAGCAGAAGUACCCAAUCACAGGGAAUUCUGGAAAGCUGCUAUCUGGACCAUCUGCAGUUGGGGCCAUAGGAGGCCCGCCAUCUCAAGACCCACAAGGCCCCUUUGCUCAGGGGUUCCACAGGGGAUAUCCUUACCAACUUGGCCAGCCAUACCCUCAACAUCCUCAAUCUGAACGGUUUCUCUCAGGAGCCAAACCACAGCCAGGCCUAGAGCCUCAUGCCUGGCCAUUUGCUGGCCAGUUGCCCUCGGAUGACCUAUUCCCAGGACACCCAGGACACACUCACCCACAUGGGGCUGGUGCAGGGAGGUUCCCUCGGCACAAAUCUCCUAGUUUACCCAGCUCCUUUGGACAGUAUUCUCAGUCAGGCCCGGAGCCCGGAGAGGAGGCCUAUGGCAAAAAAGAGCAAAAGCCAAAAAAGCCUGGCAAGUACAUCUGCCACUACUGUGGUCGAGCGUGCGCCAAGCCCAGCGUCUUGAAGAAGCACAUCCGCUCACAUACUGGAGAGAGGCCAUACCCUUGUGUACCCUGUGGCUUUUCUUUCAAAACCAAGAGCAACCUUUACAAGCAUCGCAAGUCCCAUGCUCAUGCCAUCAAAGCUGGACUCGUACCAUUUUCAGAGCUAGCUGUGGCCCGUAGUGGGGACAUGGACCAGGCAUCACCAGUGGGUGACGCUGAGGUCCAUUCAGAUGGAGAGCAGAGUACCGAUACGGAUGAGGAAGGCGUGGAGCCCACCACCAUGCUAACAGACAAAGACAGUCCAACCCUGCAGAUCUCCUUUGAAGCUGACAAGAAUACAGGUGGUGCCGAACCAGCAUAUGCAGAUUCACCUGAAGAGCUACCCAUUGGAUCUAUGAAAGUGCCUAUUCUUAUCGUUCCCAAGCCUGGGGGAGUCCCCUCCACAGGGAUGGAGUGCCCCCCCUUUCAUGACAUAAAAGUGUCACACCACAUGUUAGCUUCAAAGGCUGGUGGAAGAGCACGUUCCCUGGAUGACUCCCCAACAAUCAAGCAACGUUUGGCCCUGAGGCUAAGUGACAAAAAAGGACAGGACAUUGACCUUGCCAUGUCCCAGUCACUUAACCUCCUCAGUCCUCACAGCAAAGGCAGCACAGACUCUGGCUACUUUUCACGCUCUGAGAGCGCAGAGCAGCAGAUCAGCCCUCCAAAUACCAACGUCAAGACGUACGAGGAGAUUAUGUUCGGUCGAACUUGGUACUACCGACCAAGCUCCAGGUCAAGACACUCUAUAACAGUAGGCAUGGCAGGGGCAGACCCCACUAGCUUGACUACCUUGAAGCAACCUGGUGCAAUUCUGGAAAUAGGGAAGAUAGCUGAGGAUCACAUCUCUUUUAGAGGAGAUGUAGGAAUCUCAGAAGAUCCAAAGCAGUAUCCAACUGGGCCAUGUCAAAGCAGUACAGGACUUCUAGAGCCUCCAUCAGAUUCUGGGCAUCUUAUUAGGAGUAACUCCAUGCCAACUUCCACCCCUCCUAACCUCAGUGUUCCCCAAGGGAUACGGGGUAGCCAAUCCUUUGACAAUGUUGUGACAGAUGAUGUGUUUUACCCGCCAGGCCAUCGUAGGCUCACAAGACAGAGUGCAUUUGAAAAUUCAACCAAUGAAGCCCACGUAGGAGAGGCCGAGGGCUUUGGACACUUACCUAAGAAUUUAACUUCGUCUCUGGGUAUGAAGAUUGGUGAACGCGGCCCAGGAGUUCCAGAACAUGUUGCCUUUAGUUAUGGUACUAAAGUUAGUAUGUCAGAAAUAGCCACAAGAAAAAGGAGGAAAGAAAAGAGUGUUGGGGAUGAUGAGGACAGCCCUGGACACUGCGACAGUAGCUGUAGUGGUUCAGUGGAAAUGAUAGGGGACUAUGACUUUAAACAAGGUAGUUUUGAUGGGUCCAGAGCCACCCCAACAGGUAAAGGUUCCCUUCAUAGUGCACACAGUCAGUCUGACAGCUUUGACACCUGUGCCAGCAUGUGCUCCGAGGACAUUGCACUAUUUACUGACUCUGAGGGCAGAAAAACAGCUGGGAAUGUCAUAUCAGUUAUCCAGCACACCAACUCUCUCAGCCGUCCAAAUUCCUUCGACAAGUCAGAGUCUUUUGAACAGCCAGCAUAUCAGCCUUCAGAUAAAGCUCCAUGUACUCAGUACUCUGAGCAGUCUGACACAGAGAUCUUUGAAGAUGCUCUAAGUCCUGAAUCCACCCUUCUGAGGACAGAGAGCAUGGAGCAGCAGCCACAAAGUGACAGUGACUUGGCCUCCCUUUCAUCAUCAUCAGCUGCAGCCUCACCUGGACAGCCUUAUCAUAUCCCACCCAAACUAGUCAGACAACCAAACAUCCAGGUUCCUGAAAUCAGGGUGACAGAGGAGCCAGACAAGCCUGAUAAGGACACAGAAGCUCCAAUGAUCAAGGAGCUGGAGAAGCAGCAGCAUGUCGAGGAGUUUCAGUUGCCACAGAGAAGCGACACACUAUCCCAAAUGCCAUCAGAAAAGCUCCCACCCAAGAAGAAGAGGCUCCGCCUAGCAGACAUGGAACACUCAUCUGGAGAAUCAAGCUUUGAAUCGACCUGCACCAGCCUUUCUCGUAGCCCCAGUCAAGAGAGUAACUUGUCCCACUCCUCUUCCCUUUCCAUGUCAUUUGACAGAGAUGAAGGUCUCAAGUCUGUCUCACCAACAAAACAGGAUGAUUCUUCAGUAUCUGGUGGUGGACCAAAGCAAUCAGAGUUCCUGACUGUGCCAGGCAGUGGUUAUUCUAGCCACCACCAGCAGAGGGAAAUGAGGAGGUCUUCAUCAGAACAGGCACCAUGCACGCUGCCUAUGGAGUUGCCUGAAAUGCGCAGUAAAUCCUUUGACUAUGGAAGCUUGUCAACCUCAAGACAGGGAGAACUGUACUCCAGUGCUUCUGCAAUGAAGGAACGUCGGCGUGGAUAUCUUGUUAGACAGGCUUCACUGAGUGUUUAUCCAGAGGCAGUUACCCAGGAGCCAGGGGGCGCAGAAACGUCAAUCAAACAGGAGAGUUUGGAGCAUGGCGGAUGGCCUGGUCCAGCAGGAUCCCCUCACGGCAGCAGCGAAGCAGUCAGCAGAACCAAGAGAACUGGGACUGGUGCUGAUAUAGGACCUCACCAACAUCAACAGCACCACCAGCAUAUUCUCCAACAGAGUGUCAGCGAAGACAGCCUUCCAGAGGAACCUCUCUAUAGCAGGUCCCAGCAGCAUCGCUUGCAGGCCCAAAGCUCGUCAUCAGAGGGAGAGCAUCCAGGUCAUGAGGUCAUGAGUAAAGAUAUGAUGCAGCAGUACCAGAGUGGCCCUCCUUUCCUUUCUUUCCCACAACCAGGCCUCUUCUGGAAUCAGGAGCCUGAACAGACACCAAGACAGCAGCAGACCCAGCAGGCCCAACUGCAACUCCAAAAACUCCACAUCAGGUCACCCGGUCUCCCACUUCACAAACAGCAGCCACUCCACUCCCUGCAACAAGUCCACGAUCAACAGCCAUAUGAUGGAAAAUCAGAAAAUCCAACCUCUCAGAUUUACUCUGCUUCUUUUUCAAAUCGCAGCUCUCCUCUGUCAGCCUCGCUGUCCACCACCUCCUCCAUGCUUCUGCAACAGAUCCAACCCAUAUUUGCUACCCAGAACCUGGGCUCACAGGCCUCUUUGCCUGGUUUGCUGGUUCCUGUACGGAUCCAAACCCAUGUGCCAUCGUUUGGUAGUGUUAUGUACACCAGUGUUAGCCAGCUGAUAGCUUCUCAUGGUAGUGGAGCACAAGGUUUGGGUUCAGCCAGGCCAGGCAGUACUGACAACAGCAACAUGUCUCCCCCGGUUGGUGUUGUGAGUGUCACAAAGCCACAUGGAGGAGUUGGAGGAGGUUUCAACUUAGCACAUUUCCUAGGGCAGACAGAUGGUGCAGUGCUGCGGCACCCACUCUGGAAGGGUCCAGAUUCACUACCAGAGCAACGUCUAAACACAGGGAUCCCCCUAUCACUAACAUCAGGCACUAUAUCCACCACAGAUGCCUCAGGGUCUGCUAUCGGAGGGGGCAAGCGCAUGCUCUCUCCUACCAGCUCACUUGAGCUCUUCAUCGAGACUAAGCAACAGAAAAGAGUAAAGGAGGAGAGGAUGUAUGGACAGAUUGUCAAGGAGAUGAGUGCUGUGGAGCUAAGUGGAACUGAAGGUGGCAGCAAGCCUGACAAGGGACAAGGAAGAGGUCUGAAGAGCGAAGGCUCCAUGGAUGAUUCUGAAAGGAUGUCCUCUUCUCCUCCAUUAAGUGACUUCCCAGUUGCUACCAAGAUUGCCAUUCCUGUCCGUUCCUCUGCCCCCCAUCUCUCUGACGUCCCUCGGCCUCAGAGCUUCACCCCUCCGCUCCAGAUUGUCACAGACCGUUCUCCAGCUUCAGGUGGCUGCGACUCCCCAGAGGAGCUUGACGUGGACGAUUCAGCCCAAGAGCCGAGCUCCAGCCCAGAGUCCAUGGUUUCCUCUAACGACGCAGAAGAUGCUGACAGCACGAAGCAACCUACUUCAAAUAAAAUGCCUGUCAGCAUGCUGGUUCAGCUCGAUGCCAACCAAAGCCCAGGAUUACCCGGAGCAGCGGGUCAGACUCUGCUGCUCACAGAUGUGGCGGAUGUCCAGCAGCUUUUCCAGUUCCCAAGCUUACGCACGAUGAGCAGAGUCAGCUGGUGUUUCCUGAACUACACCAAACCCAACAGCACUCAGGCAGCUUUGCGUAGCUCCGUCUACAGUUCAUGGUGUGUCAGCUCAUACAAUCCCAAUCCUCUGAACCUGAGUACCAAGGCUUCACUGGCUCUGCUGCGGUCCAAACAGAAGAGGAACACUGAUUUGAUGUACACAACGGCAGCCAUGUCUCCACCCAGCUCUGGAAAACUGGUCUCUUCUGUAGCCUGGAAGCUGCGGUUUGAUCAGCUGAAGCCAGAGCUGAUGCCAGUAGAUGUCAGUCAUUUUGGGAGGAAGAUGAAAGGAGUGGUUUCAUGGGAUCGUUCAAAGGAGGAGCAGGUUGAGAAGGAGGUCUCAGUCAAACAGCCUGCUGCUGAACCGACACGCAUCAAGAUCUUCGAAGGCGGCUAUAAAUCCAAUGAGGACUACGUCUACGUCCGCGGUCGCGGACGAGGGAAAUACAUCUGCGAAGAGUGUGGCAUCCGCUGCAAGAAGCCCAGCAUGCUGAAGAAACACAUCCGAACGCACACCGACAUCCGACCCUACGUCUGCAAGUUCUGCAACUUUGCAUUCAAGACGAAAGGAAACCUGACGAAGCACAUGAAGUCUAAGGCUCAUAUGAAAAAGUGUCUGGAGUUGGGAGUCUCCAUGUCUUCCGUUGAGGACACUGAGGCAGACGAAGGAGAUGUCGGAGAUGAAGGCCAGAGGUCUUCAGAGAAGAAUUCCAGAGGCGAGAUGGCAGAUCACCAGUUUUCAGACGCUGAUGACUCAGAGGGUGGUGAAGAAGAUGGUGAUGAGGUGGAUGAUGAAGACGACGACGAAGAAGACUAUGAUGGUGACUCCACCCCAAAGACUCGCUCGCGCUCCACCAGCCCGCAGCCUUAUGGCCUGCCCUCCCUUUCUGUCACAGCUGUGGCCGCCUCCCAACCUGUUCCUCACUUCUCUUACCAUUCAGCAUCCGACCUCCUGGGAAACAGCAGCAGGCCGCCUCUGUUUGGCUAUUUCACCACCGUGCCGAGUAUCCAGAUCACACCGCAGGCUCCGCCUACCGACCUGGCCAGGCGGGAGCACAGUCAGUCAGAGUACCAGAGAGGCCAGCAGCGGUCGCAGGGUAGCAGGUUGCUGGUUCCACCCUCCUCCUCCUCCUCCAUGGAUGAAGACCUUCCCGUCCCCUCCCCAGAUCUCUCCUCCCCCUCAUCACGACUUUCCUCACCCGGUUUAGACAACUCUGGCUGCCCAUCCCCCAUUUCCCCAUCCUCCUCACCCUCAGCCCGCCGUUACCUCUCCCCACGUCGUGACCUCUCACCCCGCGCAGGACACCUGUCACCCCGGCGGGACAUUUCUCCUCUGCGUCACAUCUCCCCUAAGAGAGACCUGGGAGCAGCAGGGGGAUACAGGCGAGACCUUUCACCAAGAAGGGGACACCUGUCACUGCUUUCUCCCUUGUCUCGGCCCACGUCACCAUUGGGAAGAGAUUACAAGCGAGACCUUUCACCACGAGGCCGCCACAGGGGGAUGAUCCGGCCUGUGUCUCCUCGCAGAGGACUUCACCAACACCUUCACCACCAAAGCCAGCAGAGCGGGGCGCGGGGCCUGAGGCUGAGUCAUCAGACUGGUGCGCUGGGUCAGGGAGAGUUCAGCGCUCUGGGACGUCACACAGCCAGCACAGAAAUGGAGACGGAGCAUCCGGGUUCACCGUCAUCAGUGGAUCAGGGUAGCCGUGGUAACCAGUCUAGUCCACCCCACCAAGUCCUCUUCAGUCACCUUCCCCUACAUUCUCAACUACAGGUGCGCUCGCCUUACCCAAUGAUCCCCAUCGGUGGAAUCCAGAUUGUACACUCUGUUCCUGCGUCCGUUAACACCCCUCUGGCCCAGCAGGGGGCUUUGCAAGCUGCUCGGAUGUCAUUGCAGAAGAGCAUAUCGGAGGACUCCAUCACCAGCGAGGCACAUUUCACCUCCUUUUCAGAGAGGGGCGGGCAUGGAGCAGUAGUGGGAGAAACAGUGAGGGAUUCAGUAUCACCUCUCCGCUCCUCACAGGAGAAGGAAGGAGGAGGAGGCGUGAGGCAGGAGCAGGAGCAGGAAGAGGGAAUCCAGACGUGCACAAAUGCCAUCGCCUCCCUCUACAUUGACUCCAAGGAGUUUGCUGAGAGAGGAGGAGGUGGAGGCAGAGUGGAUGACGGGAAAGACGGAAGCAGAGCGCCUUCCUCCUCUUCCUCUCCUUCAGCUUUGUCCCCAGACUCCCAUCAACACCAUUCGCCAUCUCCCCACCCAUCACCAUCUCCUCCUCAAGGUCCUGGUAUUCAGCACUUUAGCAGCCUGGAACUCAGGCCUCCCCACUCAUCAGUCCCAGCCUCUCCUCACUCGCCCUCUUCCUCCUCAUCCCCUUACCCUCCAAGCCCCGGAUCUGACAGCCUGCAGCCUCCAAUGGCAUCCAAACUUCUCAAGAUGGAGAGAGACAGAGAGGCAGAAAGCACAAAGAGAAGCAAAGACGUGUCGUAGUGCUGCAGAGGAGGACCAAGGGGAGGAGGAGAAACGAUGGAUGUCUCAUUUUUUUUGUUUGUUUGUUUUCGGAUAAUAGGAAGGGAUGAAGUGCAACAGGAGAGAGAAAAACUGACUUUUGCACACUUUACACACAAUUUCUUCUCCCAUUUUCUCUCUCUUACACACAUAAAAACAAUGCAUACAAAGAAAAAUGAAAGACUCAAACGGACCUCUUAAUGUUCGUGUACAGCAUGCCUGUUUUAAACGGGGCCUGCUCUCAGAGACUUUCUUAUUUAAAGACUUUAAAGAGCAUACACAUGUACGGUAACUCCCACCAACGUGAGCCCGACCAAAAUCUGCUAAAAACAAAACAAAGGACUCUAGUUAAACGGUACGACGAAGAAAAACAAAAAACCAUCGGACAGCUACGUGUGUGCCUUUUCUUUAAUCUCUCUAUCUCUCUCUCUUUUUGUUUUGCUUAUGUUCUUAUAAGCAAACAAAGCAGGAAAGUAAAUGUAAAUAAAGUACAAUACUAUCACGUAUCAGCUUUGUAAUAAAUGCAGCCCCCUCCCUCAUCCUCCUCCCCCUUUCAUCCCUGUUUUUUCUUUCUCUCUCUCUUUUUUUUUGGACACCUUAAACUUAAAAGUCUCGACAAACGAUGUGAAGUUAUGGAUAUGACUAUUACGUACGGUUGCACUAAAACAUAUUUUUAUAUGAGUGAAAUUUAAAAAAUUGCUUUUUUGUGUACAGCAGCAAUCCUAUAAUACUAUUUAUUAUUAUUGUUACCAUGUUUCAUAAAUUGUACAUUUUUUCUUAAAUGUCGUGGAUGCCUUUUUCUAUGUAAAGCAUGGGUUUUUUGCUAUCGCUUACAUUAGGGCGAGGAUAUGCACACUGUAAUAUGGCUUUUUAUGUUAGACCUAUUUAUAUACGUCUAAGUGAGCCCCCUCUACUUGGAGGUAUAUACACAUAGAAGAUUUACCAGAAUAUUUACCCAGCAUAUUAAUACAUAUAGUAUAUAGAAUCUAUCAACCUGUCUGUCUAUCUAUCUAUCAUCUAUCUAUCUAUCUAUCUAUCUAUCUGCACUUAACAUGUAGAAUGACAUUCACAUUAAGGUUAUGGUAGUCUGCUUGUACAUUUUCUCUGCUGCUCUUUGCCUGCCCCCUGCUUGUGAUUUUUCCUCUUUUUUAUCUUAACUUUUGUGGUAUUAUGUCUUGUUUUUCUUUUGAUUUUUAGAAGGCACAGAUUUGCGCUCAGCAUUAAGUGAAUGCCUUCUUGCACCUUGGCUUUUUUUUCUUCUUCUUUUUUUGUGCUUAAAUGUUGGUUUUAACUCUGCCCCGCCUCUCUCCAUACACCCCCGCACUCCUCCCGCCCAACCGAUGCAUCCAUCUGCAACCAAGAUUAACAUCAGGCAGAGGCAAAGGUAGCUCCACAUUCUUGAAUGAAUGCCAGAUAUGUAAACGGGAAAAACAUUCCAGUCCAUGUAAAUACCCAGUCAUCUCCCCCUAAACUCACACAUACACACAUUUUUUGUUAUGGAUGCACAUUUUUUGGGCAAUGGCAAUCAACCCACUGAAACUCUUACUGAAUGGAUUUAUUUCGAGGGGGACACACAUGCAAACACAUGCAUCAAACUUUCUGACAAAUGCACCUUAUAUUUCUUCUGUGGACGUCCCGGUAUUCAUCGGUUUUUCUUUCCUUUUCUUUUGCAGCGAACUUUGAAAGAAGUGGUUAGGGGGAGAACUGCUCUGCGCUCUUAACCCUAAACUGUCUGAGAAUAUUAAGAAUACAUACAACAGUUGUGAUUUUAAGGCUUUCUGCACUGCUUUUUUGGCCCGCCUGUGGUCCCUCUUCAUCUCCUGGAUAUCCCUUUUGUAGCUAAGCAAUAUUUAGCCAAAACUCUGCUCACCAGCAGGGAUUGUAUUUGUUGCAAGGCAACAACAGCAUACUUAAAAAUCCUAAAAUCAGGAGAAGAAGGGAGCGGUUGGGACAACAACUCUUUACUCUUGUUGACAGUUUCGGGCCGAGUCGGGCAGGCUGCAAUGUGAGUGUGUAUCUCUGUAUUCUGUACCAGUGUGUAUUCGACCAGUAUAUCCUCUUCUUACAAUGUUUUUUCUAUUUCGAUCCUCUGUUAUGUACACUUAUCCUGAUGACAAUGAUGUCUUUAAAAACUCUUUCUCUCUUUCGAAGAUAUCAAAGCACAAGUCAUUGUAUAGAAAUGACAACAAUACAUAAAAAGGACAAAAAAAAGAGGUAAACAUACAUAUAAAAGGGUAACUUUUGUGAUGGUGUUCUGUGGAAUUAAUACAAAUAUCAUGUAUGACCCCAGUUGCAACAAGGAAUCGCAGUAGAAGUGGAAGAAAUGGAUUGUUGUUUUCAAAUAAAUAUGAAUAGUAUAA